AUGAGUAGCAUCAUCACAUAUUACGCCUCUGGUCUCUACAACUUUGCUCUCCCUGUCUGGAACCUAAUCGCUAAAUAUGUCUUCAGGUCAGAAGCUACCACGACCUUCAACAACAAUGAACAACUAAGGAUUGUGAUGUUGGGGAAGACUGGAGUUGGAAAGAGCGCCACAGGAAAUACCAUUUUGGGAAAAACAAGCUUCAAAUCAAACUGCUCCCCUAAAUCUCUGACUUCACAGUGUGAAAAGGUCUAUGGUGACGUUGGUGGACAAAGGGUCGCUGUCAUUGACACUCCAGGUCUGUUUGACACCAGGAAUGUUCAGAAGGAAACUAUUGAAGUUAUUGCUCAGUGCAUUUCUUAUGCUUGUCCUGGACCCCAUAUCUUCCUGGUCAUAAUCAGCCUGGACAGAUACACAGAGGAAGAAAAGCAGUCGGUGCAGAAGAUCCAGGAAAUCUUUGGCGAGGACGCAGACAAAUACAGUAUGGUUCUCUUUACCCACGGUGACAAGCUCAAAGGCAGAUCUAUUGAGGAGUUCUUGAAGGAGAGCGAACACCUGCAGGAACUCGUGGCCAAAUGUAACGGCCAUUACCAUGUCUUCAAUAAUGAGGUGAAGAAUCGCUCGCAGGUGACCGGGCUGCUCGAGAAGAUUCGAAGCAUAAAUGUGCUGAAUGGAGGAAGCUGCUACACCAAUGAGAUGUUCAAGAAGACAGAGAGUGCAAUUGAAGAGAAGUUUCAACAAAUCCUGAGGGAGAAAGAAGAGCAAAUGCAGAAGGAGUGGGAGGAGCUGAGAAAGGAAAUAGAGGCAAAGUAUAAAAAGAAGCUGAGGAAAGUGAAAGAGAAAACGAAAGAAGAAGCGGAGAACAGCAGUUCAGUAAUGGAUUUGAUAACUGUUUUUAUCAUGAGUUGUGUUUCUCCUUUAAAAGACAGUUUCAUGAAAUACAUAAAACAGCAAAACAAUUGACCAAUAAUAUGUCCCAGCAGCUCUCAUAUAACCCACACACAAAUGGUCCCAGCAGUGGCCAUUUAAGUCUCAUGUGUGACGAAUCAUUCAGAUUAAGAAAAAGAAUACUCACAAGGUAGAAUUAGAAAUAUAACCAAAUUCCUCCACAUUUUUAAGUUAGUAUAGAACAGAGUGGUAUUCAUGAGUGUUAAUUAUUGUUUAAUGACUUAUUUUGUUAACAAUAUUGACGUUAACUGGUGAUAUUAAUCUCACAAGAUGAUAAAUCAUUGUU